AUGAAUCUCCUCGAUCGCAUCCAACAAAAGCUCGAGCUUUUCCGACUUGAACAACGUUACACACGGCGGCGGACAACCUUUAUUUCCGAAGCCCAAUACGUCGACGGCGAAUACAUAUACUCUCCGUCCUCCACAUACUCUGCAAAGUGCAGCGCUGGAAGCAGUGAUAGCGACGAAGACAUUGGAAGCAAGAGAAGCCGCAAGGAAAGCCGUAGGGAAAGUAGCAAGGAAAAUAGCAAGGGAAGCAGCAAGGGAAGCAGCAAGGAAAGCAGCAAGGGAAACGGCAAGGAAAGCAGCCCGGAAAACAGCAAGGAAAACAGCAAUGAAAGCAACAAAGAAAGCAGCCCGGAUACCAAGCCUAGCAAGAGACUGAGCAGGCUGAUGUUAAAUACAUCGGACUGGCGAAAGAGUGCAAGGGACGAGAAGCGGCAGAGUCGGAUGAGCGUUAGAGAGGUGAAGUGGAAUGACCAGGUUAGAUAA